UCAGAGAUUUCUCUUUGUUCAACAUCAUCUUCACUCAGACUCAAUUGCCCUCAUGACAGUGACGUUGGACUAAUAUGUUCUGGUCACACUCAGGCUCAGCUGGUGAACGGCUCUGACUCCUGUUCUGGUCGAGUAGAGCUUCAGUACCUCAGUGAAUGGGGCACAGUGUGUGAUGUAAGCUGGGAUAUGAGAGCUGCCAGUGUCCUCUGUGGUCAGCUGAAGUGUGGGAGUGCUGUGGCUGUGUUGGGGUCAGACUGGUUUGGGGAGGGGAGUGGCCAGAUCUGGGCUGAUGUGUUUGAUUGUCAGGGGAACGAAACACACCUGUCAAAAUGUCCCAUUUCAUCAUGGAGUCAAACUGCAUGCUCUCAUAAACAGGAUGCUGGAGUCAUCUGCAGUGUUUCCUCUCUGGCGUUUCAUGAUGGGCGAGUGAGGUUGUUUGGAGGGAUGGAGUGUGGGGGGGAGGUGGAGGUGUACUUUGGGCAGGACUGGAGGAGAGUUCUGCUGGACUCUUGGAGUGAGUCUGAGGCCUCUGUGGUCUGCAGACAGCUGGGCUGUGGCUCUGUGCUCAUCUUCUCCAGUUCCUCUACAUUCAGUCCUGAACACAGAAACAUGUGUGUGACGGGUUUCAACUGUACUGGGAGUGAAGCUCAUCUGGGGAACUGCAGCAGUGCAGAAGCGGUCAACUGUAGCUCCAGAAAACAAUUGUACAUUACUUGCUCAGGUCAUAGCCUCAGGCUGGUUGGUUCUGGGGGAGACUGUGCAGGAAGGCUGGAGGUUUUCCACAGUGGCUCAUGGGGGACAGUGAGUAAAGACUUGUGGGAUAUUAAGGAUGCUCAGGUGGUGUGCAGACAGCUGCAGUGUGGAGUGGCUCUCAGUGCUCCGGUACCAGCCCUGUUUGGACCUGGAACUGGACGUAUAUGGCUGAAUGAGGUGGAGUGUGAAGGGAACGAGACGUCCCUGUGGAACUGCAGAUUUCAGCUGUGUGGAGAGGAUGAAUGUGGACACAAAGAUGAUGUAGGAGUCGUGUGUUCAGAAUUUAAAGAGAUCAGACUCACUGAGGGCUGUGAGGGGAAUCUGGAAGUGUUCUACAAUGGAUCCUGGGGUAAUGUGUGUACAAAUGAUAUGGAUGAAGAAACAGGUAAUUUGAUCUGUCGGGAGCUGAACUGUGGAAGAUCUGGCAUUUUGAGCCAAACCAAAGCAAGAGUGGAAUCAGCUCCUAACUGGCUGGAUGAUCUGAAAUGUAGGAAACAUGACUCCACUCUGUGGCACUGUCCAUCUUCACCAUGGGGACAGAACAUCUGUGAUAAUCACAAUGAGGUGGCUCACAUUACCUGCUCAGGAGAUUCUUUGCUGCAAAACCAUCUGAAAUGCUCCUCAUAUCCUAACCAGAGUCAAUGCGCAAAGCAACUGCCUCUCAGGCUGAGUGGAGGGAAUGGAAGCUGCUCUGGGAGGCUGGAGGUGUAUCACAAUGCUGAAUGGGGGUGUGUCUGUGAUAAUCAGUGGGACAUCAGGGAGGCUCAGGUGAUCUGCAGGCAGCUGGGCUGUGGGCCAGCGCUGAGUGCUGAUGGGAGUGCUGACUUUGGUGCUGGUAAAGGGCCUAUCUGGCUGAACAGAGUGAAGUGUAGAGGGAAUGAGAUUCACCUGUGGGACUGUCCUCAUUCCCUGAAGAACCACACUGACUGCUCCCACAGGCAGCACGCUGGAGUCACCUGUACAGACAUAUUUGUAUCCCCCACUGUUACAUCCAGAGUAACUACUAUUACCAUCACAGCUGGUCAGACAGAGAACAAAGCAGUUACUCCUCCACAAACUCUUUUAGCAGUUGUUCCAUCCAUCUAUCCAGUGUCUCUCCUGGUUCUGGGAGUGCUGCUCUUCCUGGCCUUAGUGCUUCUGGUUGUGCUGUUUUACCAGAACAGAGUGCUCAGGAGAGGACUCUCUAAGAGGUGGCAUAAGACUCAGACUGAGGCAGUCUAUGAAGAGAUCGACCAGAGAAUCAUCGCUAAGAGAAUGACUAAAAAGGGAAGUAUCCUCUCUGAAGAACAUUCAGGAUAUGAGGAUGUGGAUGAGGAGCUUCUCUCAGAAAAGGCUGUGAAUGAGGAAAAAGCUGAAUAUUAUAAUGAUGUCAGCGCCAGUGGACUGAAAAGUGAGGCGGGAACUAGAGAUGCUCCAGAGAACUAUGAUGAUGUCAUUUCUGCUGGACAGACAACUAGAGAAGCAAAGAACGAAGUGGAGAUCUAUGAUGAUGCCAUUCCUGCUGGAGAGAAUCUACACGUUACAACAGUGUACACACCAGAGAACUAUGAUGAUGUCAUCACUGCUAGACAGGAUUUUGGAGAUUCAGCAGGCUAUGAUGACGUGGUAGAGGUGUUUGAGAAAGAGGGACAGAUCAUCUGACAGAGACCCAAAUAACGCAUCUACUCUGACAUUUGAGCUUUUUGAAACUGCCAAGGUUAAACAACACCUGAUGUUUUGAUAUUCUUUUUAAAGAUGAGAUUUUGUGUUCUUUUUGA